AUGACGCGCCAAUCCAAAACGCGCCGAACGCGCUCGCUAGGCGGCUGUAAAACAUGCAAACGCCGGCAUGUCAAAUGCGACCAGACUCACCCCAGCUGUCAGACAUGCACUGCCAUGGGGCUAGCCUGCGAGGGCUUUUCUGACGGGGUGCAUUGGAUGUCUGAUAAUAAAUCUGGGUCUUCUCAAAAAUCGACCACCGGUAAACGGGGUCAUCUCACUAGUCUGGGAAUAAGACACCAUCUUUAUACUGGUUUGCGACGUUCGAUGGGCGCUCUUAUUAGCAAAGGUCUUGUCUCGGGCUCUAUCGAUGCCUCUUUGCAAGAGAUUGACCUGAGGUCGCAAGAUCCCAGCUUUGUUUCCAACAGUGAGACUCAAGUGGGACCUUUUGCAGUCCUCAGUUUUUCGGAGAGUUCUAUGUCUAUACGACAGCAAGAAAUCACCCAGGAAAGAUCAGAUCAUCCCAUGACUCCGUCGCCCACGCAUCUUGAUGGUUCAGCAUUUAACCAUCUAUCAUAUCCACUUUUCGAUAUCCCGGGCUUUUCAGACGAAGUCUUGCAGUGGUCGGAUCUCUUCAACACCGGUGAUGACUUCCAAGCGAUUCUUUCCGAUCCUUCUUUUGGCCUUGGGGGCCCUCUGGAUUUCCAAUGCUCCUCUCAGAUGGAUGAUCGAAUCAUUGCAGUUGAUUCGGCACUGAAAAAUGCUCCACAUCAGCCAUCCAUUCUUGAGCAACCAAUCGCUCCAAUAGAUAUACUGGCAGAUGCUGCAUUUCUCUUGCAGACUUUCCAAAAAGACAUUGUUCCUCAGAUGACUGUCGUUCCUCUUGCUAAAAGCCCCUGGAACAUGUUGAAUGUUCCCCUUGCACUGAUAACAUUGGGAGAAUUGACUAUUAUGGAAUCUCAAGACGUUAAGCAUGCACAACAGGCGAAUCUCUAUAGCCUACUUGCCUGCUCAGCGAGAUUCCUAGAAACGAGUCCUUCGACAGAAUCGUUUGGCUUAUCACCGCGGGCUCAUUGGAAAGAGAUUGCAGACCAAGCCUACUCUAAAGCGAGAAGCCACAUGGAUAUUUCCUUGGUCAAAGAAUUGAACGGUGUCAACAAAGCCAAACUAAAAGAUCAACUCAUGGCUCUUUACGGGCUGAUUGAAGUUGCUAUUUUCUCCAAUAGGUACUUGGAUGCCCGAAAAUAUCUUAUUGAUGCCGAAAGACUUCUUCGCUUCCGAGCAUUGGCCAAAUGUGAGAUUUCACAGAAACUUCGGCUUCUUUUUAAUAUCUACGGAUGGCUUCGUCUCAUUGGUGAAAGCACAUAUGUCUUACACAACUACAUGCCAUCAGACUCGUUUAUCAACAAUCUCAACGUAAACUGUCAGAUUCACAAAACACCUGCAGGUGAGAAGUCCAUGGCGGAAAUUCACGAGCGCUGUCGUCGAAUAGAUGACUUUCUCUAUUUCGAACACUCGGAGGUGGAUCUCAACAUUGAUGAGCCUAAAGACCGAAGGUUAGACCUUCCGGAUAUUCACUUACAGGACUCCCGGAUGUCAGUCGAAAGCUUGUGUCAACAGGUGUAUGGAAUCCCCGAAACGAUGUUGAGCUUAGUUUCACAAACCACCCGGCUAGCGAAUGUUAUGGAAACAUUGCAGAACGCACAUGACUCAAAUAUACCGAUUAGCGACUACGUUUGGAAGACAUUGAAACGACGAAGGACACGUCUUGAAAACGUGAUCAACUCGUUCAGGGAUCGUGAACUUGCUUCAAGCACCGGUGAAAUCUCGAUCUCGCCAUAUAAACUCAUGGUACAGGCUCUGAACACCGCGCUGGUGAUAUUCUUCUACAGAAGAGUGCGACAAGUUCAUCCGGCGGUGCUGAGUGGAUAUGUUGAUCACAUAAUUACUACAUUCCGAGAAUGGCUAGCACUCGUCAAAGAUGGGAGUCCAGUCGGCCCUGGGGCCCUGUGGCCAAUAUUCAUCGCCGGGUGCGAGGCGAUGACCAAGCCACAGCGAGAUGCCAUCUUGGAUAUAGUAGAUCAGGCCGGGAUUAAGAGCGGUCUCGCGCCCUUCAAAAUCGCCAAGGAUAUCAUGGCAGAAGUUUGGAGGACACGGGAUCAACAACAGGCGGUUAAGGUUGGAGAUCCUCUCCCGAGUUGGAUCGAUGUUCUGAAAGCUCAAAGAAUAUGGCCCAUGUUUUGUUGA